ACAUAUUGGGCCAGGCCUUCAAGCCCAUAUUCUCAGGACCUUGCGCGCACCGCUUCUUCGUUCUCAUCAGUCCCCACAAGUCCACAACUUGCCGAACUCCGGUCACCUGAGAGACGAUGGCGGUCUUGUCGGAGAUCGCCGGCGACGAGUCCCCGCCGCCGCUUCCUCCUUCCGAAGGCGGCGAAUCUUCUGGAGCCCUGUCCACCCCUGCUCCCACCGAUGCUGACGACGGCGACAAGCCUCCGCCGCGCACGUCGAAGCCCGGCAGGAAGCGCCUCUUCCUCACCGCCUCCGUUCUCCUCUCGUUCCUCAUCGGGCUGCCCUUGCUGCUCAAGUCCACCGAGAUCCACCGCUCGCCGCUGCCGUCCGACGCUAUCGCCGCGCUCUCUCGCCGCCUCCACUCUAACCCUCCAUCGUUCCCUUGCGGCCUCCAUGCGGUUUUCCUCAGCUUCGGCCGCGCUCCCUUGGAGGCCUCCGCUGCGAAUCGCAUCGAGCGGGAAAUCUCCACCCAACUCGUUGAUCUCCCUGCCGCUUCCACUGCGGGUAAUAUCUCCGUAUCAGUCACCGUUGAUUCUGCUGGUGGAUGCUUUAGUAGUGGCAAAGCCGCCUCAUAUUGGCGAUGUGGUGCUGUGACUACCGUGGACUUGGUGCGCGGCGAUGAGGUGUUUGAUGAAUUGCUUCACUCGGCAUUGGGUGGUGGAGGAGCUGAUGGGAUGAGGGUUUACACUGUCGUAUUUGUGGACAGUGAUGAUGGAAUGGGACUGAGUAUUGUGAUUGGGAAACACCGGCAUGCUUGGGUGGUCGGGAAGGUUGAUGAGGGUGAGGUUGUGUCCAUCAUUGGGAAGGUAUUUGUCAAGUAUUUCCUGAAUGGUGGUGUGGAGGAGGGUGAGGCAGGCAUUGUGAAAAGAGAGUUCAUGCCAGUUGGAUCAGAUGGUAAUAUUGUUCUUUCAUUUAGCCUGCUGAAUGCUGAUCCAAGUGAUUGGGUGUAUGAUUGGGAGUUUGAAAAGAUUGGUGAGAGGAUGUUGAUUCCUGUUAUUGAGGCAUUACGACCAAUUGCUAAUAUUAAUAUAGAGAGUCAGGUUUUGUACCACACACCGAAAUCAUCCUAUUCUUAUUAUGAUGAUAAACUGGGUGGCAAUGUCCUUAGCGUGGGAGAUAUUCCUUUCUUUGUUAAUUCAAAUGAGUGGCACUUGGAUACAUCGAUUUCAGCUACAGGACGAUCAAAAGUUCUUCAAUUUGUGGUGUAUAUUCCAUCUGCAAGGGAAUGCCCUUUGUACUUGCAACUUCCAGAUGGGGAGCUUUCUAAAACUAAUGCAUUUAUAUCCCCAAUGUGGGGAGGUGUUAUUAUUUGGAAUCCACUCGGCUGUUCACUUAAUUCCAAACCACAUGGGGCCUUGGAUAAAAUGUCAUCUCAGGAACUCAUGGAGACUAUCGAAAUUUUCAUAGGACAGCUAAGGCAGUUAUUUGGUCUAAAAUCAAGUUAUCACGAACAGAGUAUGGAUGGUGCAACUAAAUUUAUUACUAGUCCAAAGGGGUUUGCCCAAUGGGAAUUAGAUUUAUUAUACCGGCACCAUGCAUGCUCCAAUCUUUUGUCCUGUCUCACCACCUUGGAAUCCCUUUCCAGUUUGGUCCAAUCUCUUCCGAGAAUGAUUGUUAUGGAUGAAAUUGGGAGGCAGGUUGAGCUUUCUCUUGAAGCUGCAAAUUUAGCCCAAAGAAACGCAAGUAUCGGAAUAAGUGAUUCUUCAGCAGUAUCUGCUACAAGAGCGAGGGCUUUGGCUGAGGAUGCUUUUUUUCAUCCAUCCGUCAUGUCUAUUAGUUAUGCUUCAAUAGAGCACUAUUUUGCGAUUUACAUGCCAUUCUUUGCACCGGUUUCCUUGCAUGUGCUGUUGGCGGUAAUCAAAGAGCUGAAGCGAUACAAGGUAGAGCGAGGGAAAUAUUCAGCAUUUCUUGCUUCCCAGGCGUCAACCUCCUGAUCUUCAAGCCAAUGCCCUGCUGGGUAUCAUCACAUCAAGUCUGACAGGUGAUAGAUGGUAGAUAAUUUGCAAUUGCAUUGCCACAGCUGGGGGACGCGUCUUCUUACCAUCAUGCAGCUCCUGGGCAGACAAGUAGACGUGCUGGUGUGCCUGACAACUUGCAAACACGGUGAAGAUAUGAUGGAAACCCAGUAUUUGACACAAAACCGGGGUUCUCCCAUGUAACCAACCGGCCGUGACCUCAACCACGGUAUCAUUCGCAUUUUUGUGUGGCCUCACCUAACUGAUCUCUGAAACUACAGACCGCAAAUCUAAACCCAACACAUCUGUAAAUUAUUGAGAUCGCUUGGCAACUCCCUCACAGUCCAUUGUUGGAUGAGCAGUUAACACGAACUACUAACUGAUUUGAUGACUC